UUCCUAGAAUCAGAUGUCCAUAAAACUGAUCCAGUUGAAAUGUAUAUGUUCCAGUCUUGUAGAACAAGGGGCAUCAUGACAACUUUCCCACACUACUAAUUUAAAAAGUGUAUCUUGGUGCUUCCGGUAUUAAAUUUCUGUUGAUGUGAGAUUAGUACCUGUCACUACUGUGCUUGAAGCUAGAUACUUGCCUUUAUAUUAGACCAGCCUAAAUUUUGUUCUUGGAAUGUGUAAUUGUAAGGUUCUAGCAAUUUUGAUGAAAGCUGUUUGCUAUUGCUCUUCCUCAGAGGCCACCAUUCUGUUGUCCUUUUACUUGUUAUAGCUGGUUCAGCUAUAUAUAACAUUGUGUUAGGUUUCAAACUGUUUGUUAGGGAACUCUAUUAUUCCUUGGAUGCAUUGGGGCCAAUUUCAAAUGCUAGACAAACUUCCAUGAGACAUUUGGCCAGUUUUCCCUUUAAAUAAACUGCAAGGAGAGGUGGGAUAUGUAUUAGGGCUUGUUCUUAGUAGGGAUGUGCACGAAUCUAUUUUAUUUUCAAUUUGAUUUGUGCACAAACUGAUUCACCCCUGAUUUGUCUUGAAUCUGAAUCUGUCCACCCUGAAUCACCCAAUCCGAUUUGAUUUGAUUCAAUUUGGACCACUUAUAAAGGUUCUAGGGGCACCAGAUUUGGGUAGUGAGUCGGUCCCCAUGGAUGCCACCUACCACCCAAAUUUGAAGGCAGUGGGGCACUUGAUUGCUUUUUAAUGAUUUUGUUUUGUUUUUAAUUUUGUAUAUUUCUACCAUCGGAAAUAUUGGGGAUUCGAUGUCUCCCUAUCCUAACCCUAACGUGGAUCCCCAGCUUUAAUUUUUUUUAAAGCGCGCGCACACACACAAAGCUAAGCUCUAGCCCUUGUAGAAGUGGAGUUAAUGUGUGGUCACUAUUCUUCAAGUGUUUGGAUACUUUGGUGUAUAAUAAUUUUACCUCAUUGAAUCCCUAUGAGCAUCCCUAGUUAUUAGUCCAUGUGAGGCAACAGUGAAGCACAACAUCCCUAGCCAACCUCAGAAGGAACGGCAUGUGUGCUCUCAAAUCUCUGCAGUGUGUAGGCAUUCUGUGGCAGACGUGCACCAGCUCCUUGGCAGACAAUGAUUAAACAGUGAGGCUCCCCACUUCCCCUUGCAUGUGGGGGAAGGAAGAUCUCUAUUUCUGUUGUUUUAGAAUAUACAGAGAAUUCUUGUGAUGUCCAAACCUGGCAAAUCCCAGCUUGUACUAAGUAUGAUUUGCAAACAAACAAGGGUAUGAAAUGAGAUUGAAUUCAAUUUCAUUCUCUUUCAUAUCCUGGCUUGAUCACAAACUAUGGAUCUGGGUCGUGAUCCGUUGAAUCUAUUAGAAUGGGUUCUGUGCCUGUGCGGAAGCCUCUCGGUGUCGAGUUGUACAACUCCUUUUCGGCGCCUGUGCCCCGCCUCACGUGACCACAUGGUUAUUUAAGGCGGGAGGAAGUGUAGGCACCUCAGUUCCUUUGCGACCGCCGUGGAGAUCGGUUCACUCGGUUUCUACGGCUCCUUCAUUCUGGUUCUUUAAUCUCUUCAAAAGUUCUACUAAUAUUCUUGUAUUCUCCGGCUCUGACCUUGGACUGGCUUUUGGAAAGGAUUCUCUGUGUGACGAUUCUGUUAUACCGCAGAAUAUUCAUGGUCUGGGAGUACUUCUGGAUUCACACCUCUCCCUGGUUCCUCAGGUUGAGGCGGUGGCCAGGGGUGCUUUCUAUCAGCUCCGGCUGAUACGCCAGCUGCGCCCAUUUCUCAAGAUCAAUGAUCUCAAAACUGUGGUACAUCUGUUGGUAAUCUCCAGACUGGACUUUUGUAAUGUGCUCUACAUGGGGCUGCCUUUGUAUGUAGUCCGGAAACUUCAGUUGGUUCAGGAUGCGGCUGCCAGGUUGGUCUCUGGGUCAUCUUGGAGAGACCAUGUUACUCCUUUACUGAUGGAGUUACACUGGCUGCCAAUAGGUUUCCGGAUGAAAUACAAAGUGCUAGUUAUAACUUACAUAGCCCUAAACGGCUUUGGUUUAGGCCCUGGGUAUCUAAGAGAGCGUCUUCUUCAUUACAAGCCCCACCGCCCAUUGAGGUCAUCUGAGGAGAUCCGUCUCCAGUUACCACCAACUCGUUUGGUGGCUACACAGAGACGGGCCUUCUUGGUCGCUGCCCCGAGAUUGUGGAAUGCGCUCCCUGCUGAGAUACGAUCUUCCCCAUCUCUGGUAAUUUUCAAAAAACACAUGAAAACCCAUCUCUUCACCCAAGCUUACUCAGUAUCCUAAAUUUUGGGGGUUUUAAAAUCUGGUUUAUUUUAAAAUUUAAAACCUGAUUUCGGGGGUUUUAAUUACUGUAAUGGUUUAAUUGUUGUUUUUAAAUGUUUUAAAAUUGUUAUAUUGUUUUUAAUUUGUUUUAGCUCUUUACUGUUUUUAGUGGUUUGUUUUAACUGUAAAUUGCCCUGAGCCAUUUUGGAAGGGCGGUAUAUAAAUUAAAUAAAUAAAAAUAAAUAAAAAUACCACCUGAUCGGACUGACUUCUGGCUUUAGAACCUGGACUGCUUAACGAUUGCUGUCUACUCAAAAAAGUAUUUGUUUGACGAACUGAUUGAACGGCUACUGGCUUUGACUUCAGACUGAUAACGACUACGUCUUCGUGAGUAACUAUGAAUACCCAAAAGGGUAAAAAGACCUUCAAAUGCUGUGAGAAAUGCAAAGCAAAAUUGCCCUCACAAGAUGCGCAUAAUUUGUGUUUGCUCUGUUUGGUUGAAGCUCAUGUUACCUUCUCAUGUAAGAUUUGCCAAUCAUUUUCUAAACAAACGAGGAGAAACAGAAUUUCGUUUGAGGGCCGCGAUCUAUGAUGAUGUUUUGGCUGCACCUUCUGCUGAGGGAAGAAAAUCUCCUCAGGCGCAUGGCUCGGGGGCCCUGGCUUCCGCCCAGUCUAAAACCCCGUUGCCCACCAUAAAGACCCGAAGUCCUCAAAGAGUUCGAGGGAUAAAAUGGCGGCUGCAGCUGAGCCCACUGCGAAAACAUGGAAGCUAUCAACAUCGAGCUCGACUCCAUCGCCAAAAUCAGCUCAGGAAGUGGUCUUUGUGUCGAUAUCGAAACCCUCGACGUCGACCACUCCAUCGGCACCAACAGCGGCUCAACAGACUGAACCCUCGACAUCGGCAGCAGCACAAGUUGGGCUGUCAACACUGAAGCCGGGAUCAACACUGAGAGAGACCUCGGCAUCAAGCCCUGCCAUCAUGUCGGUAUCGAUGUCGAUGAAGGCACCAACCUCAAUUCAACUUCCAGAAGGGAUGCCUUCCACUCUGAUGCCGACACUGCCGAUACCAUCUUUGCGAGAUUUACAACCGCCACCAACCCCGAUACGAUCCCCUUCGACAUCGGGACAUGGAGCACAGCCUUCGAUGUUGAAUACGAUGUAUUAAGGACUGAUAUAGUAAAAUCCCCAUUAUAUACCAUCUGUGUCCUUGUGACAUGGAAGAAAUUGAAUCAAUCAUACAUGCUUUUAUACUGCAGAUUUUAUCCCGAUAUGUAACACAAUUUAACUUUGCCCCUUUUUACUGGAAUGUUUGGGUCACUCUGAUGACUUUAAUGUAACAUUGUUCCUAGCAGACUGAAGGUAUCAGACCCCUUAUAACAUUGCUAAGUUUUGCUUUUUAGCCUCUGACAGCAGUUUGUUUAGCUCUGAUGUAUCACCAAUUAUUAAUUCUGUUUUUUCUUGCUGGCCUAUGGCCGUAAUAAAGAAAUUCUAUUCGAUUCGUUGAAUACGCCAAUGAACAUUACAGCUGUUACACCUCAAUUCCGAGCUCCCCUGACAUUUGCAGUUGAAGAGGCCGACUUUUCGGAUAUGGAGGGGACGGCUUUGGAUCCGGGGACAACACAUUCUCUUCUUACAAUGUUGGACUCGGCAGCUAACGCUCCUUCUACAUUCCAGGGCUUUCCGCGCUCAGAGGAUGAGCCCCCCCAAUCCAAUCCACAAUUACUGAACGCUGCACAACUCUCCACCUCAACGCUGUGGCACACAUGUGGUUUCAGUCACAAAACAUCCCCAUCUAAAGAGAUAGCAUUUCCUGGUGCGUCUUCACCAGGACUGGCCUAUAACUACAAUGAGGAUCGAGUUUGGCAAUGAGCCACGUCUUCGACCACUGUGCCUCCAGUUACCACCACUCUACCACUCCGUCCACUCUCUUUAGGGAGAGCCCCUCUUUCCCCGAAACCGGUGCUCUCCAAUGCCUCAACCCAAACCAUGACGAAUAUGUCUACGAAAGCGACACAAACUACUCAGCAUGUCACUAUCAUAGCGGUCCAAAUAGAGGACCUGCCCUUGCCUACCCACCCCCCGGCCAAUAGAGUCACCAGGUGGUGGGCCUUCACACCACUCUCCUUCCAAACUUCCGUCAGAUGACAGCCACCAUGGCUCCUCCGACUUUGAGUCCGACACGGAAACGGUAGAGGCUGACCCCUCGCCGGAUAUGGCCACACCCGCCCACGUAUCACCAACGGAGGAAUUAAAAGCGUACCGCUCAUGUGAAGCAAAUGGCAACCGCUUUGGGAUUAGAUUUAUUCUCACAAGUCAAGACCAUUGAUGAUCCAGUCUAGAGUUUCAUGGCCAGGUCCCAGUCAGCACAACCGGUAGCUCUGUCUCUGCUGCCCAUCAUCUCAAAUGCCGCUCAGUGCACUUGGCAGGUCCCACACACGUCCAUGCCAAUGUCUAAGAGGUUAGAAGAUCUUUACAGAAUUCAGGAACAGGAUAACACCUACUUAUUCAAGCACCCUGUCCCAAACUCACUGGUCAUUGACUGUGCGACCACAUCCAGAUCAGGUCACCGGCAUACCACUCUGGCGGAUAAGGAGGGCAGAAAGUUAGAUGUUAUGGGGAGAAAAUUAUACUCCACCUCUUGCCUCUCCAUCAAGGUGGCUAAUUACUUGGCCUGCAUGGCCAAAUACAGCUACUGCAUUUGGGAGAAUCUCGAGAAGGACAUUGACUCAUUGUCUCCAGAAGAACUUAAAGUUCGCUUUUGUAAAACUUGACAAAAAGCAGGGGAUCUCACGUGUCAGCAAUUGAGCAUGGCUAAACACUUAACAGAAUCAGAAUCUAGAUCUAUCACCACUGCAAUUAUUCUCCAUUGUCAUGCUUGGCUGCGAUGAGCAGCCCUGCAACAGGAUGUGAAAAAUAAGAUAGAAGUUCUUCCUUUUGGGAAAGGCCUUUUCUCAGAGGAAGCGGACGCAACUAUGGAAAAAAUGAAGAAAUCAAAAUUCACAGCCAAAACAUUCACUUCUUCAACUUCAACUUCGUACUCUAACAAGCAAAGAUCUUACUACUGUCCCCAUACGUCCUACAGACCACAGGAACGCCGGGACUUCCGUAAGAGUUAUCAACCUUUCAUUAAACGCCCUGGGCAACAAAAAGGUAGGUAUACCCCUACACAACGUGGGAAACAAGUGAGGGCACCAAACAGUGACCCUGAGAUACAGGACAGCCCAUCACACCAUCCACAUCUAUCACUGCAUCACCUUUGUUCUCCCUCCCAAAACAUCCAGGAGGUCGACCACCCGACCUAUACCAUCAACCAGUCGGUACAACUAGCCAACAACAUCAGAUUAGCAAGUCAUGCACAAGCAUGGUGCCACAUAACAUCAGACCGCUGGGUCCUAAAGAUUGUCGCAUCAGGCUACGCGAUAGAGUUCAAGACAUGCCCGCUAUUCAGGGGCCUUAUCUUUAUGAGGUCGCCACCUGCCUUGCUACUAGAAGUGAAGGAACUCCUGCGCAAGAAGGCGAUAGUCCCGGUGCGAUGGGCAAAUCGGCGGGAGGGGUUUUACUUCCGUUAUUUCCAGAUCCCGAAAAGAGAUGGUGGGAUACGACCAAUCAUGGACCUCAGACAUCUCAACAAGUUCGUUCAAGUGAAAAGGUAUCAGCUGACGACAUUGCAGGACAUCCUACCGCUGCUACAUCGAGAGUGGUGGCUUGUAAUGUUAGACUUAAAGGAUGCCUACCUUCAUAUAGGGAUUCGACUGUCCCACCAAAAGUACCUGAGGUUCACCAUAGGAACAUCAAUAUAUCAAUAUCAAGUCCUCCCGUUCGGUCUCUGCACUGCCCCAAGUGUAUUUACAAAAUGCAUGGCGGUCGCAGUGGCUCACUUAAGGACAAAAGGCCUGAAGCUCUUCCCCUGCUUGGACGACUGGCUGCUGACAUCCAGAGACAAAAAAGAGUUGCUUCUACAGAUUCAGUACAUGCUGGACCUUCUCUGAGACCUAGGAAUACAAAUCAACUGAAAGAAGUCUCACCUGACUCCAGUAUGCACCAUAUCUUACAUUGGGGCAGUACUAGAUGCAGAUGCAGGGAGAGCAUUCUUGCCAGAGGAACGUUACCAGACCAUAGCACUAAUGGUUUGGGAGUUUCAACACAAUCCAUUGCAAACAGCGCGUCAGAAACACCUGCUAGGCCUGAUGGCCUCCUGCAAGUCAACUGUACGAUACACCCAGUUGAAAAUGCGAAAGCUUGAGCUAUGGUUCCUGCAUUCCUCUUGCAUAAACAGAGACAGCCCAACAAAACGACUACAUCUACCUCUACCAAUCCUACAAUCCCUCUCUUGGUGGACGGGAAGUCCCAACUUACUCAGAGGGGUGCCCUUUCAAGCACAGGCCCCGUCAGUGUGGGUCACGACGGAUGCUUCGCUCCAGGGUUGGGUUGGCCAUUGCAAUCCCACAUUGGCACAGGGCCUCUGGACCCGCUCCCAACGCCAGUUCCACAUAAACUUCUUAGAGUUACUGGCAGCUUACCAAGCCAUGAAAGCCUUCCUACCGAUGCUAAGAGGGAGGGUAGUACAACUCCACUUAGACAACACUACUGCCAUCGCCUACCUGAACAGGCAGGGCGGGACAGUCUCCAGGUCACUGUGUGCGCUGGGCAUUCAGAUUUGGCAUUAGUGUAUCAAGAACAGCAUCACUCAAUAGCCAUCCACAUCAAGGGCACAGACAACAUUCUGGCGGAUGGCCUCAGUCGUUCAUUCUCGAUGGGAACCCGACACGAGUGGGAACUGAACGAUACAUACCUGCACAAAAUAUUCCUGCUCUGAGGUCACCCGGAGGUCGACUUAUUUGCUACAGCACAGAACACAAAGUGCAGGCUGUUCUGCUCGAGGGCAGGCCAUGAACCACAGUCUUUGGGAGAUGCUUUCCAGAUGGAGUGGUCGGAACUGUGGACUUGCAUGUCCCCCCCCCCCUUUGCCUCUUGUGAGCAGAGUUGUGGCGCGUCUACUAGCAGGCCAUGUGAAGUGCAUCCUGGUCACACCUUGGUGGCCCCACCAAGCAUGGUUUCCACAUCUACUCAAACUAGCUGCGACUUAUCAUAGACUCCCGAACCGUCCCGACCUCCUGAUUCAGGAAGACAGCCGCCUUCUACAUCCGGAAGUGCUCACUGUACAACUGACACCGUGGAAGAUCGACUGCUGAAGCGAAUCAUGCUAAAUCAGCAUAAGCCAUCUACAAGAAAAAACUAUGCUAACAAAUGGAAGAGGUUUGCUAUCUAUGCUUCUUGCCAUGGCCUCUAGCUUCUUGCUUCUCUCCCUAAGGAGGUCUCCGUCCGUGAGGUCCUGCUUCAUUUGACCACUCUAAAAUCGGGAAAGCUAUCAAAUGUCUUGAUAAAGGUCUUCCUGGCUGCACUUUCUUCUUGCCACCCAGGAUGGGAUGGAAAAACAGUAUUCUCCCAUCGCUAAUGCAAGAGCUUCCUGAAAGGCCUCAUCAAUUUGUAUCCUCCCAUCCAAAAACCUCUGGAACAGUGGAGCUUCUCGCUGGUCCUCUCUGCACUAACUGAACCGCUAUUCGAACCCAUGCAUUCCGCAAUGGUGAAGCUGGCAUCUCUGAAAACAGCUUUUUUAAUGGCUAUCACCACUGCUCGCAGGGUCAGUGAACUCACGGCCCUUCGAAUGGAUGUCCCUUAUGCCCAGUUCUACCCAGAUAAAGUUCUCCUCCAGCCGGAUAUCACCCUUUUGCCUAAAAUUGUGACGGACUUCCACAUCAAUCAAGACAUGGUGCUUCCUACCUUCUUUAAGUCACCGACUACGCCAUUGGAAAAGCCUGCACCUGCACUCCUUGGAUGUAUGCAGAGCGCUUCUCUAUUACCUUUCAAAGACUAAACCCUUCCGCUCCUCAAAAAGACUAUUCGCCGCCUAUAAGGGAGUGAAGAUAGGACAGGCAUUGUCUAGGCAGAGGCUUUCACACUGGAUUGUCGAAGCCAUCCUGCUGGCAUACUCUUUACAAGAAGUUCAGCUGCCAAAAACCAUCAGGGUGCAUUCCACGAGAGCUUAUGGUGCUUCGGCUGCUCACCUGUCUGGCAUAUCGUUUCAAGACAUCUGCAAGGCCGCUACAUGGUCUUCUGAACAACCAUUUGUAAGGCACUUCGCUAUAGACUUGCAGUCUGCUGUGGAGGUGAAUUUUGGGAGAGGUGUCCUCAAAAGGGUUUUGCAAUAACUCUACUGCUCCCUCCUCCUUAUGGAGCUAACUAAACACCCAUUCUAAUGGAUUCAGUGGAUCAUGACCCAGAUAAACAGGUUGCUAACCUGUAUCUGAUGAUCUGGUAGUGAUCCGUUGAUAUCCAUUAGACCCUCCCGAACCUCCCCUCCACAGUAGUACUUACCUCGCUAUAGUAGAACUUACCUGUUUAUUCAACUGCUUUGGCGGUCUCUAAGGAACUGAGGUGCCUGCACUUCCUCCCACCUUAAAUAACCUCGUGGGGUGGGGCGCAGGUGCUGAAAAGGAGCUGUACAACUCGACACUGAGAGGCUUCUGCACAGGUUGACUCAGCCUUCCAUCCUUCCAAGGUCAGUAAAAUGAGUACCCAGAAUGUUGGGGGCAAUAUGCUAAAUCAUUGUAAACCGCUUAGAGAGCUCCGGCUAUAGAGCGGUAUAUAAAUGUAAGUGCUAUUGCUAUUGCUAAUGGAUAUCAACGGAUCACUACCAGAUCAUCAGUUGCAGGUGAGCAACCUGUUUUUAUAACAACCUGAGACUUUUCAAUUUGAUUUUAAUGAUGCACCCUGGCUUCUUACAGAAGUUUUAAAAAGUACUCUCUCUUCACAUGGAAGGAAAACAGGGAGCACACUAGCCGAAGGCUUGCAAUCAUCGUAUUUAAUACAUGGUUUUGUGUGAUGUUUGAACCAGGCCAGUGUGGAAAGUGUUCCAUGUAGAGAGUUUGAAAACUGUUGGGUUGAGACUAGAGCAUGCCAGCUUUCAACUGCCUCUUUAUUCUCUCAUUCAUUUGUAUUCAGAUGGAUGGAUAAUCUUCAUUCAAAAAUGGAAGGUUAGGAUUAAUAUAAAUCAAUCAAUCAAUAUCUUUAUUAGAGUACUUGACCAGAUUUCAGCAUUAGAGUACAAAGUUAAUGUUCAAUGCAGUCGAUACAGUCUGUUCAAUAUCACAGUUCUACUUAAGUAGAAGACGUCUCCCCAAAUCAGGGAAUAUCCUUACCUAACUGAUAGCGGGAGCCCAUUAAUACAAGUCUGUAAUUUUUGACACGAAACCUUACUCAUAAAUACAAAGUAAUGGGUUUCAAGUUAACAUGACAAAAGCAUCAAGGCUAAAGAAGGGGAGAAAAAACUGAACAUUUAGACACAAUUUCAGUGAAGAACAUAAUCAUAUUGUGUUUUGAAAACCUGCUUUGAGUAAACCUUUUU